CUGUUCAUUCAUCAGCACGUUUGGUUAAAAACGAAUGCUCAAAACAGAGUUAGAUUUAAUUACAGUCAAAUUCACAGCCAUAAACACGUUUCAAGCUUCCUAAAUAUCACCUCCGUCCACUUAGUUCAAGGUUCUUUAGUUAACAACUUUGUUUAGAAAAUAAACCGGUUAAAUGGUUCAAUGAGAUGCACCUGGCAUGAGAGAUCUUACUGCUAGAAAAAAUAUCAAUAGCUUACGAGACAUUUUCACAAUGUCUACCGUAUAGGCUAACGUUACAAUUGGAAAGUGGUUUCAACGAGUCCACUUUAGUGCAGGACUGCAGGAUGCGUGUACGAAAUCCUCAAUGUGCUCUACACAUAAAUCUGAGCUUCUUGGGACUGAUCCUUUUAAUCACCAUUCUAUGGGCAAUACAGCUGGAUCUAGUGGGGUGGAGGUCUGUCAGCAGGUUUCAAAGCCAUUCCCUAAAGCCAAGAUACAGAGGCAGUGUGGGUUUGAAUUCCAGUAGCACUUGGCAUUUUCGAAACAAUGCCUCUGCAGCACAAUUUAAAUGGGCUUCAGCAUUAUCUGGAGAUGCCAGCUGUCCCUCUGGGUUCUAUAGCAUGAAGGAGCUCAAGCCUCGCAUACCGAGACCUCAGGAGGAUCCUGAAGGACCAGGAGCGGAUGGAAACCCCUUCAUAACAGGCAUCCUGACUCGUGUGGAGUUGACGGAGAAGCAGGAGGGUCUUUCUAGAAACGGCUUCAACCAGUUUGCCAGUGACCGCAUCUCCAUCCACCGUAGUCUUGGUGUCGACACGCGGCCCUCUGAAUGCAUUGAGAAAAAGUUCAGCAGAUGUCCACGGUUACCCAUUACCAGUGUGAUAAUUGUGUUCCACAAUGAGGCUUGGUCAACUCUCCUCCGCACCAUCUUCAGUGUCUUGCAUACAUCACCUGCUGUCUUACUUAAAGAAAUCAUUCUGGUGGAUGAUGCAAGUACUCGAGAUCAUCUCAAAGCCCCGCUAGAACAGUAUGUGCAGUCUCUUGAGAUUGUGCGUGUCCUGAGGCAGCGUGAGAGGAAAGGUUUAAUUGCUGCCAGACUCUUGGGUGCACGUGAGGCUGGAGGAGAAGUGCUUGCCUUCCUGGACUCCCACUGUGAGUGUUUCUAUGGUUGGUUGGAGCCCCUGUUGGAACGGUUAAUUCAGGAACCUACCGCAGUUGUGAGCCCAAGCAUUGCUGUCAUCAACAAGGACAAUCUGAAGUUUAUAAAGCCAGUGCCGUCAGGCCUCACACAUAACCGAGGGAAAUUUAACUGGAUCCUGAAUUUUGGCUGGGAGACUAUACCUGAAAAAGAGAUGGUGAAACGCAAAGAUGAAACCUAUCCAGUCAGGACACCUGCUAUUGCCGGAGGACUUUUUGCCAUUUACAAGCAGUUCUUUGAACACAUUGGUACCUAUGAUGACAAGAUGGAGUUUUGGGGAGGAGAGAACAUAGAAAUGUCAUUUAGGGUAUGGCUGUGUGGAGGUCGUCUAGAGAUCAUUCCCUGUUCUGUGGUCGGCCACAUCUUCCGCACCAAAAGUCCGCAUACCUUCCCAAAAGGCAUGGAUGUGAUCAUAAUCAACCAGGUUCGCCUCGCUGAGGUCUGGAUGGAUGAUUACAAGAAGAUUUUCUACAACAGAAAUAAGAAAGCUGCUGCCUUUGAAGCAAAGAAAUCAUACGGGGACAUAAAGGAACGCCUGAAGCUCAAAGAGCAGUUACAUUGCAAAAAUUUCUCCUGGUAUCUAGACAACAUUUACCCAGAGUUCUUUGUGCCUGAUUUGAACCCUGUGUUAUUUGGAUCGUUGAAGAACAUUGCCACAAAAACUUGUCUUGAUAUUGGUAAGAAGAAUCCUGGAGGGAAGGCGGUGGUUUUAUUCAUUUGCCACAACAUGGGACUAAAUCAGUAUUUUGAGUACACGUCGCAUCAGGAGCUGAGGCAUAAUAUUGAUAGGCAGCUAUGUCUGCAUGCAACGAUCGAGCCCAAACCUGUGCGAGUGGAGCUGUGCAACUUUCAGGGUAAUGAAACAGUCCCAGCUCCACAGCAGAAGUGGAGUUUCAGUCUUGUUUCCCAACAGAUAUAUCUUCUCCACAGUGAUCUGUUUAAUAAGUGUUUAACGGUGGAGUAUGGCAAGAUCGUCAUGAAAAGCUGUGACCCUGCCAACAACUAUCAGCAUUGGUCUUUCAUCUGAUCUGUGUCCUCAGAUGACCUGAUUCUCUUUAAGAAUAUUACACCAAAUAGAAGUGCUUGCUUGAAUGAACAGUUGCACAAAUGUUUCAUCAUGUUGUGAAUUAAUUAAAGUUGUUAAUAUAAUAAUGCAGUGCACACGUUUAUUUUGUUUAUCACAUUAAACUCUUCAGUUGCUAUCCAAUGUAUUUAUUAUUACAUGAAAGCUCAUGAAUUAAAGAUAAAUACUUUUUGUAAACAAGG